AUGACGGUGGCCACCGGAGACCCAGCGGAUGAGGCUGCUGCCCUCCCUGGGCACCCACAAGACACCUAUGACCCAGAGGCAGACCACGAGUGCUGUGAGAGGGUGGUGAUCAACAUCUCAGGGCUGCGGUUUGAGACCCAGCUAAAGACUUUAGCCCAGUUUCCAGAGACCCUCUUAGGAGACCCCAAGAAGCGGAUGCGGUACUUUGAUCCCCUCCGAAAUGAGUACUUUUUCGAUCGCAACCGCCCUAGCUUUGAUGCUAUUUUGUACUACUACCAAUCUGGGGGCCGGUUGAGGCGACCUGUGAAUGUGCCCUUAGAUAUAUUCUCUGAAGAAAUCCGGUUCUAUGAGUUAGGAGAAGAAGCAAUGGAGAUGUUUCGGGAGGAUGAAGGCUACAUCAAGGAGGAAGAGCGUCCUCUGCCUGAAAAUGAGUUUCAGAGACAGGUCUGGCUUCUCUUUGAAUACCCUGAGAGCUCAGGGCCUGCCAGGAUUAUAGCCAUUGUGUCUGUCAUGGUGAUUCUGAUCUCAAUCGUCAGCUUCUGUCUGGAAACCUUGCCUAUCUUCCGGGAUGAGAAUGAAGACAUGCACGGUGGUGGGGUGACCUUCCACACCUACUCCAACAGUACCAUCGGGUACCAGCAGUCCACCUCCUUCACUGACCCCUUCUUCAUUGUAGAGACUCUCUGCAUCAUCUGGUUCUCCUUUGAAUUUUUGGUAAGGUUCUUUGCCUGUCCCAGCAAAGCUGGCUUCUUCACCAACAUCAUGAACAUCAUUGACAUUGUGGCCAUCAUCCCCUACUUCAUCACCCUGGGGACAGAGCUGGCUGAGAAGCCAGAGGAUGCUCAGCAGGGCCAGCAGGCCAUGUCACUGGCCAUCCUUCGUGUCAUCCGGCUGGUAAGAGUCUUUAGGAUUUUCAAGUUGUCCAGACACUCCAAAGGUCUCCAGAUUCUAGGUCAGACCCUGAAAGCCAGCAUGAGAGAAUUGGGCCUUCUCAUCUUCUUCCUCUUCAUCGGGGUCAUCCUUUUCUCUAGUGCUGUCUAUUUUGCAGAAGCUGAUGAGAGAGAAUCCCAGUUCCCCAGCAUCCCGGAUGCCUUCUGGUGGGCAGUCGUCUCCAUGACAACCGUAGGCUAUGGAGACAUGGUUCCAACUACCAUUGGGGGAAAGAUAGUGGGUUCCCUAUGUGCAAUUGCAGGUGUGUUAACCAUUGCCUUACCAGUCCCUGUCAUUGUGUCUAAUUUCAACUACUUCUACCACCGGGAGACAGAGGGAGAGGAGCAGGCUCAGUACUUGCAAGUGACAAGCUGUCCAAAGAUCCCAUCUUCCCCUGACCUAAAGAAAAGUAGAAGUGCCUCUACCAUAAGUAAGUCUGAUUACAUGGAGAUCCAGGAGGGAGUAAACAACAGUAACGAGGACUUUAGAGAGGAGAACUUAAAGACGGCCAACUGUACCUUGGCUAACACAAACUAUGUGAAUAUUACCAAAAUGUUAACCGAUGUCUGA